CUCUGACCAGGUUUAUUGCGGUUUGGAUACAGGAGAUAUAGGUUACACUUAAUUGUGACAAAACCAUGAAAGGGUGCGCGCUAACUAGCGCGCUUGUUCUUUUGGCGAUUUUUCGCGAAUCUGAUGCGGCUGUCACCGCAUGGUCCAGUCCCUCCCCGGGCAUUUCCGCAACAGCGGCUGAUGGAAGUAUAACAAUCCCAUCGUCGGCGGCUGUAGCGGAGGACGCGGCCGUUGGCGACACUCUGUUCACUGCCACGGCAACUGUCAGCGGCACCGCUUCGUACGUGCUUGUAGACGAUGCCGGUGGUAAGGGAACCAUUGGUGCAUCGACAGGAGUGGUGACCCUUGCCACAGGACAAAGUCUGGACUUUGAAACGGCUACUACUUUGGUUUUCAAAGUUGAGGCAACGGACAGCACCGGCGGAGGCAAGGGUACAGCGACCAUAACGCUCCCUAUUACUAACGUCAACGAGGCGCCGUCUUUUGCUAAGUCUGUCUACGGUGCGACUGCAGUUGAUGCGUCCGCCGCUGGAACGACCGUUGGUACGUACACAGCAACAGACCCCGACGCAAGCGACACCAUUACCUACUCCAUUCAAGCUGGGAACACGAACACUGACUUCGCUAUUUCAUCGGCUGGCGUGGUUACGGUCAACACAGGAAAGACACUCGCCAUGAGCACCACCGCCGCCUACUCCCUUACGCUCCGUGCCACGGACGCAGCCUCACUUACCGGGGAUACAACGCUUGUUAUCUAUGUUGGUGACUGUGAUGGCAGUGGCGCUGUUGCCGUAGCAAGCACGCUGGCAUCGCUGUUGCUAGCGUCCUUUGUGUAUUUGUUUGUGUAAUUUCUUAGUAUAUAAUUCAUUUUACAAUUACUUACAAAAACGUAUAUUUCACCGGAAUUUUUCUAAACACAAAGAACGUAUUAUGAUUAUGAAGACAAAAAUGAAUUGCUACAAAUUGUGUUAUAUUCCUGAUUAUUGUUUGAAAACAUAUAAGUUUAAAUAAGCGACGUUAUGAUAAGAAAUGACAAUGAAUCAAUUUUUUACAUAAUAAUUGUUCUCAAUAUGUUUAGUCUUGCGUAGAUUAUGUUGAUACAAUCAAUUCUAUACCGUUAACCACCGCUAUUCCGAAAACUAUUUAUCCGAAAUUAUCGCUAAUUCGAAAUUAUUUUUCGGUCCCGAUUGUAUUCCUUCUUUGUUUAAACAAACAUGUUUACGAAAUAUCACUCAAAGCGAAUGUAUCGUAUUGCUAACGUGUAAUCGAAAUUGCAAUCUCUCUAUUAUUUUACGUCAUCUAUAAUUCGCGAACUCUGUCAUUUUCUGAAAAUUGUUAGUCCAAAAAAUCGCUAUUUCGAAAUUCAUUUUUGAGUCCGUACGAUUUCGGAUUAACGGUGUUCGACUGUAACUGACGCCUCCUUGAUGCACUGUAUCCGUCCAGAGAUGAUAUUUUGUACUUUUGUACUUAUUAUUCAUAUGCUUCAUCUUGUGUUAUGCUUUUAAUAUACAAGUUGCCUUUUAUCUCUUGUCUGUAUAGUGAUUAUUGAAAUUUGUCCGGAUAUCCUUUUGAGUUCAGAUAUAUAAAUACAUAUACACUAAAGUGAGUUCACAUUAUUAGAGUUAGCACUCAUCAACUCGAUCUACUUUGAGUAAUACACAGGGGGCUCCUUCAUGAAUUGCCAUGUUGGUAACGAUAACAGGAGCUCUCUGAUAGGUUUAUUUCUGGAUUGUAAUAUCCAUCGAAUUUUUUCAAGGUAAAUUUAAUUCUAGGGUUUGGCGCGCAAGGCAGUCGGUACUCCUUCUGUUUCAUUAUGGAGUUACGGCUAUCUUGCUUGCGCUUAUCACUUGUAAAUGAAUAUUGAAAUAUUAACAACAUAUUCUUUUACAAUUAUUUGUACUUUGAGGAUUAUUACGGACG